UUUUUCCCCUUAAAACAUUUCUAUCUCUCUCUCUCCCUCACCGGAGUUUUGCUUUUCUCUGUGAUUCUCGCCGGCGAUCGUGCAAUGGAGGACGACUAUUAUGUGAGCAGCGAGGACGAAGGCUACUAUGACGAGGAGGAUAAUUAUCGCGAGGAUAAUUUGGAGGAGGAAAUGAUGGCCUACGUUGAGAGUGAGACUCCAAAGUGUGAGGUUUCAUCCACUAAGGUAAUUUCGAAAGAAUCUCUGUUGGCUGCACAGAGGGGAGAUGUGCAGAGGGUGAUGGAUGUGCUAUCACUGAAAGAGUACCAUGCCCGAACCUUGCUCAUCCAUUAUCGUUGGGAUGUCGACAAGGUGCUUGCUGUGUAUGUAGAGAGGGGGAAGGAGUUACUAUACGAAAAGGCAGGUGUGACUAUGGAGGAGCAUGACACAUCACAGCUUUCUUCUGAGGUUAUGUGUGAUAUUUGCAUGGAAGAAAUUCCUGCUAAUGAGGUCACGGUUAUGGAUUGCAACCACUGUUUUUGUAACAAAUGUUGGACAGAGCAUUUCAUUGUAAAAAUAAAUGAGGGUCAAAGUAGGCGCAUCAAAUGCAUGGCACACAAGUGCAAUGCUGUUUGUGAUGAAGCAAUAAUCAGAAGUCUGGUCAGUGCAAGGGAUCCUAAUCUUGCAGAGAAGUUUGACCGUUUUCUUCUGGAAUCAUAUAUUGAGGAUAAUAGAAAAGUGAAGUGGUGCCCGAGUGUUCCUCAUUGCGGAAAUGCUAUACGCAUUGAGGAAGAUGAAUUAAUCGAGGUUCAAUGUGCAUGUGGAAAGCAAUUCUGCUUUAGGUGUUUAUGUGAAGCACACUCUCCUUGUUCAUGCCAAAUGUGGGAACAAUGGUUGAAGAAGUGUGUAGAUGAAUCACAGACUGUUAAUUACAUUUCAGUCAACACAAAGCCUUGCCCAAAAUGUAAUAAGCUGGUUAACAAGGAUGGAGGAUGCAAUCUAGUUACCUGUAUCUGUGGACAACCAUUCUGUUGGCUCUGUGGUGCCCCAACUGGUGCAGAUCAUACAUGGGAUUCCAUUGCAGGUCAUGAGUGUGGACGAUUCAAAGAAGAUGAGGAGACAGACAUUGAGCAAACCAAGAAGGACCUAUUUCGUUAUACUCACUAUUUCAACCGUUAUCAAGCUCAUAAAGAUUCUCUUAAGCUUGAAGCUACGCUGAAGGAAACUGUAGAAAGAAAGAUAAAAUAUUUGGAAGAAAACUUAUCGUCAUCUAAAGAUUAUAGCUGGGCAAUCAAUGCGAUCAACAGACUCUUUAGAUCAAGGAGAAUUAUUGCGUAUUCCUACCCAUUUGCAUAUCACAUGUUUGGUGACCUUUUCAAAAAAGAGAUGACAUCAGAACAGAAGACAAUAAAACAGAACUUGUUUGAGGACCAGCAGCAGCAGCUUGAGGCAAGCCUGGAGAAGCUUUCUAUGCUUACACAGGAACCUUUUGAGCAUUAUUCAGAGGAGAAACUUCACGAUUUAAAAUUGAGGAUGAUGAAUCUUUCUUCGCUUGUUGAUAAGCUCUGCCUAAAAUUGUUCGAAUGCAUUGAGUAUGAUCUGCUGGGAAAACUUCAAUUUUCAGUUCACAGAAUUGUUUCUUACAACUCGGACGGAGUGGAGAAAGCAUCAGAAAUUAACAGUUUGUCGGGAUUCUGAAACUGAUUGCGGCACUAACGAGAAGAACUUGGUGAUAAACAACACAGUUCUCCUACUCACAUAUGUUACUAUAGAAUCUUGUCCUCGACCACCUUUGAGAGUGAGUUGAGGUGAAAAUUUGAUGCUGUUCUUGGUAGUGCGCCUGGGGAAGAACUAUCGGAGACUCUGCAAAUGUCUAAACAUGACCUGCAGAUGGUGCUGAAAUAGUUAGGAUGGUCGAGUUCACAGUUGGUAAACGUUGCCAAAAUUAUAACCCAUCAACCUCUUAACCUUUUUACAGUUAGAAAAGAUUCGUACUUAGACAUCAGAUUCAUUUUGAAAUAACCUCAUAUAUAAUCUUAGUUGUUUUGCCAAGGAAAUUACUGUAGAUAGGAUGAUGUAACCAAGUUGUAUGCAUUGAGAAAUGAAACUGUAUACAUCUCAUGAUACUGGAGAUAUGUCCCCCUUCUUCCUUCUCUUUUAUGUGCUGUGAAAAUGCAUAUGGCACAGUCAUACAGCCCUCUUUAUUCCAUUUCAUUCGUUC